ACACUGAAAAUCUGUUUUGAUUUUUUGAUAGUUCUAUACUUAUAACAUAACCUAUAAGUAUAUCCUGAUAUAUUUGAAGUUAGUAGUUGUAAACAAAAAUAAGUUUUUCAAAAUGCCAAAAGUAGUAUCAAGAAGUAUCGCUUGUUCUGAUACUAAAGAUCAGGAGGAAUAUGGAGACGAAAAGCCUUUACAUAUCUAUUAUUGUUUGUGUGGUCAAAUGACAUUAAUUCUGGAUUGUUCAAUUGAGAAACUACCAUUACGUAAAAGGGAUGGAGCUAGAGUGCUGGACAGAACCAAUCAUGCCCACAAAAUCACGUGUGACACAGACGAGGCGGUUUAUAUCAAACGCCCUGAAGGAAUAGAGAGGCAGUACCGUUUGAAAUGUAAAAAAUGUGGACUGCUGCUGUACUAUAAACACGAUGUACAAGUAAGUUGACUCUAUAAUACGUCAUUGCAAAAAUCUCAACUUGUAAAUAUGCCACUUACAGGCAUUAUUUUUUUUUGAAAUUCAAUAUUAACUUUGUUUCAGAGAGAGGUUGCUGACAGCUAUGCCAACAAUGCACGUAUCAUAGAAAAACAACUCGAGAGGAAGGGCAUGUCGAAAAGAAAACAAGAGCAGAGUAAAAUACAAGAAUUCAAGAAAAUUAGGGGUACCUUAAUCGAUAAAUGAAUGCAAAUGUUGAUUGUUCAAAUAUGACCAGAUAGAAAAGGAUCUCCAAUUGGAUUUUGAGACUAAAUUUUUUGUAAAUGGACGACCUGCUACGUCUUCCAUUAUUUUGAAUGUUAGUUGAAUCAAUUUUCAUGAACUUAUUCUUAGAUUGUGGGUAACUUGUGGUAUGCUGACCCAAUUUUUUGUAUCAUUUACCAACAUAUCUAUUUAUUUGUUUUUGUAUACCUACCAUAAUGCAUGUUACAUUGUAAUACGAGUUCUGAUAUUGUGCUAUUGCAAUCUUUGAAAGGUAUAUAUAGCUUGGAAAUCGGCGUCAUUGAGAUUCUGAUUUACAAUUGUUGCAAAAAUUACCCAAAAUCAGCAGGUUUGUGUUAUCAAUUCAAACUGAUGUAGUAAUAGAAUAAAAUUAAAUACUUUAUUGAUGUCUUACACUAUUGUGCUUACAUAUGUCAAAAACGAUGUGAAUUUGUGCAAAAAUAUAGUUUGAAGUUAUUGAAA